AUGUUGAUCACAUUAGUUCGUGAAUCUGUCCUUCAAUGUUUUUGCCAUUCGUGCCGUGCUCCUGUGCUACCGGCUGCUGCAGGAAUAAAUGGACUGGUCAAGAAGCAGGGAAAGAUUCGGUCGAAGCAGCCAAAAGCUUCUAAGAAGGUGAAAUUUAUCUCAACUGAAAUUCGUUGUCAGGAAAAAUCAAAGGGUGGUUUGCGCUAUGAAGUUAUUUUAGCGGAACCAAACCUUACUCAAGUUCAAAUACCAAAAGCUGUUCAGCAACCAAAUAACUCCACAAAAGAAAAAACUUUAACAACUCAGGAAAUUGCAGAAAAAUUAAAGGCAGCUGAGGAAAGGCGUUUGAUGUAUGAAGCCAAAAAAGUUGCAGAUUGGACAAAUAAAAUGGCAAAAAUUGAAGAAGCGUCACGCAAGAAGGAUGAGUUAAACAAUGAGUUUAUGGUUCAGGCAAAGGAGACAUUAAUCAUCAAAAUGGAGCAUUCUGAAGAGAAACGUGAAGCUAUCAUAACUGAAAUGAAGGAGAAACUCAAGAAUCAUACAGAAGAAAUCAAGCGAACCAAGGAGAUGUUGGAACAACAGAAAGUUGAAGAACGAAAUGCUCUGAAUGACAAAUUGAAAGCCGCUGCCAAUUUACGUGAUGAAAAUAUUAAACGCAUUUUGGAACGUCUAAGAGAGCAUAAUUCGGUAAAAGUAGCUGAAGUCCGGCAUACAGCUGAUUCACGAAGUGCACGUGAACAACAGUCGCGCAUUAUUGAAAACAAAUUAUUUAUUGCUGAACAGAAUCGUGUGAAGGAAUUAGAGAAGCGUUUAGAGAGCAUCAAAAAUCAUGAACGCCGUGCAAUGAUCGUUCGUCAGAACAAGGCAACCCUAACGGCAAAUAAACAGGUUGAUGAAAUUGAUGCUAUUGAACCAACUGAAAAUUAG